AUGAUAGAGAACGAAUUGGAGAAGAUGGAUAAGGAACGAGUCAGAAAACGGCCUCGUAUGACCUGGGACGAGGCACCAGCUGAACCAGAGGCUAAAAGAGCUGGACAUGGAAGCGAUGGGAGGGUUUUGUCUCCACCUUUAAGGGAGGAUGAUCGUGAUGGUCAUUAUGUGUUCAGUUUAAGGGAGAAUCUCACUCCUAGAUACAAAAUACUAAGCAAGAUGGGUGAAGGCACAUUUGGUCGGGUUUUGGAAUGUUGGGACCGUCAAACAAAAGAAUAUGUGGCAAUAAAGAUUAUCCGAAGCAUUAAGAAAUACCGGGAUGCAGCAAUGAUUGAGAUUGAUGUACUUCAAAAACUUGUUAAGAGUGAUAAAGGCCGCACACGCUGUGUACAGAUGAAGGAUUGGUUUGAUUACCGGAAUCAUAUUUGCAUUGUGUUCGAGAAGCUUGGCCCAAGUUUGUUUGACUUUCUAAAGAGAAAUAAAUACUCUGCAUUUCCUCUGGCCCUUGUUCGGGAUUUUGGAUGCCAGCUUUUGGAAUCUGUAGCAUAUAUGCACGAGUUACAGUUAGUUCACACCGACCUCAAGCCUGAGAACAUUCUUUUGGUGUCUUCUGAAAAUGUAAAGCUUCCUGACAAUAAGAGGAGUGGUUCAAAUGAGACACAUUUCAGGUGCUUACCAAAGUCAAGCGCCAUUAAACUGAUUGAUUUUGGCAGUACUGUUUGUGAUAAUCGGAUUCAUCACUCCAUUGUCCAAACAAGGCAUUACAGGUCUCCCGAGGUCAUUUUAGGUCUAGGAUGGAGUUACCAGUGUGACUUAUGGAGUGUAGGUUGUAUACUAUUUGAACUAUGCACGGGUGAGGCUCUCUUUCAGACGCAUGAUAACCUAGAACAUCUAGCUAUGAUGGAGAGGGCAUUGGGACCUUUGCCUGAACAUAUGACCCGAAAAGCAUGCCGUGGUGCUGAGAAAUAUUUCAGGAGAGGGUGUAGGCUGAAUUGGCCUGAAGGAGCCAACUCUAGAGAAAGUAUUAGAGCUGUAAAAAGACUUGAUCGUCUCAAGGAUAUGGUAGCGAAGCAUGUUGACAAUACAAGAUCUGGAUUUGCAGAUCUCUUGUAUGGUUUAUUGAAAUAUAAUCCAUCCGAGCGUCUCACAGCAAAUGAAGCCCUUGACCAUCCUUUCUUUAAGACCCCAAGCUGA